AAGGGAUUGGCAACCACAAGGGCUCUGAGAGUCGCCUCUUACCUGCCCGUCUCUCUGCAUGGUUCCGACGCCCCGGGUGGGCCAGGCCAGUUUCUUGGGAGACCUGGCACCAAAGGCAGGCAGAAUGGCUUCCUUUGGAUGGAAGAGGAAAAUUGGCGAGAAGGUCUCAAAGGUCACUUCCCAGCAGUUUGAAGCUGAAGCUGCCGAUGAGAAGGAUGUAGUUGAGAAUGAAGAAGGGAACUGGCUUCAUGCCAUUAAACGUAGGAAAGAAAUUCUCUUUGAGGGCUGUGCUGAGAAAAGUAAGCAGCUGAAGGAUGAAGGAGCCAGUUUGGCUGAAAAUAAAAGAUAUCGAGAGGCAAUUCAAAAAUGGGAUGAAGCACUGCAGUUAACCCCAGAUGAUGCCACCCUGUAUGAGAUGAAAUCACAGGUCCUAAUGUCUCUUCAUGAAAUGUUCCCAGCAGUACAUGCAGCUGAAAUGGCUGUCCAGAGAAAUCCACAUUCAUGGGAGUCUUGGCAAACUUUGGGCCGUGCUCAGCUUGGAUUAGGAGAGAUAGUCCUGGCAAUUCGAAGUUUUCAGGUCGCCCUUCACAUCUAUCCAAUGAACCCUGAAAUAUGGAAAGAAGACCUUUCUUGGGCACGAACACUCCAGGAGCAGCAGAAGGUAGCACAGAAGAUUAAAAAGUGUGAAGCAUCAGUGGAAGUAACCCAUUUCUCACCAAAGUCAAUUCCUGACUAUGACUUUGAAAGUGAUGAGAUUGUUGCUGUUUGUGCGGCAAUUGCUGAGAAACAGAAGACGGUUCCACCGAAUAAAACGAUGGUUAUUGUGUCGGCUUCUGGGACCGUAGAGACGGUCACUGAGAAGGAAGAUGGUGCUAUACCACCAGAUGGCUCUGUUUUUAUCAAAGCCCGAUGAAGUAGUGGGAAUCCUUUGAAUCUGUCUUUUUGAUUGCCACUUAAAAUUUUAGGCAUAGGGACGUUAACUGUGGAGAAACAGAGCAAAACUCCUGUUUGUAAAGUGAGUUUUGCAGAUGAGACAUAUAAAAACUAAAUGGUAGAAUUACUGUACAGUGUUUGGACUAUGCUUUGAUAAGUUGUGAUUUAAACUUCUUAAGAUUAGAAAUCUGAGUACGGUGGCUUUUUAAUAAACUUAAUGUAAUCCAAAAAUAUAAGCGAAUGCAUUUUAAAGACACAACUUGAAAAGUGAAUUCUCUACUAGUGAAUCACUUGAUGGCCAGUGUUAUUAAAAUGCUGACUUGUUGACUUUUGUUUCAUGAUAAAGGAAGUCGGUGAUUUCUUUCCCUCCUUAAGAAAUAUACUGCUCUUGCUAUUUACUCUUCUGUUUUUCUGGUUGCAUUAGAGUAAGUCUGUCACAAAGCUUGAAUAUCUUUGACAUUCAUUUUGAUUCAAAGUUGUCAUUUGGUUAUAUGUGGAGUCUUUGAAAGUUUGACUGAAAAUGCAUGCAAGUGUGUACAUUCUAAACAUUUUCGAAGUUUCUCUGAAUUCUGAUUUGUGCUUAUAUUUUGACUUUAAGAUUAUUAUGAAAAUAGUAGUUGCCUCCUUCAGUAUUAGAUAUGUAAAAUACUGAUAAAUGUCAGAACGAUGGUUUUAUUUUUUUAGUUGUUAAAGUGGAUAGUGUUCCUUUCCACAGGUAGGUCCUGUUUCAGAUGUGCAUUUUUAAAAAAUGAAUGGCUUUUAUAGAUGUGUCAUAACAAAUUGUACUACUGUGUUGUCCCAGUCAAAAGCACUUUUUUCUUCUCCUUAUUUUUAAAAGCUUAAAAACUCUAAAAAUAAUUUAUCUUUUGCUUAUAACUUUCCAGCUAAUGGUUUGGAAGUCCUUUUCUAGAUAACUUUUUUGCAACUACGCAUUUAAUUUACAAUUUCAGUUUUAAAUAGCUAGAUUAUAUCUUUCUAAAAAUAAAAAAGUAAGGAUGUUAAUGAGUGCCAGUGAAUGAAUAAUUUAGCCACAACAUACAUAGAAACUGAAACGUGACUAUGGUACAAUACGUGAGUAGAGAAGGAUAUAUUUAAAGAAAUAUUUCAUUGAAAGGCCACAGUCGUAUUCACAAAUCAAAACUGUCAUUGCUAAUGUGAAUUAUUUUUAUACUACGUAUAUUGUAGUACAAUUGUAUGGACUGCUGGGUACUGUUACUUCUGACACUCAGGAAGCUAUUAUUGCUGUAAAAUUAAUUUUACCCUUGUUAGAAAUGAAAGCUAUUUUAUUUUAAGGAAUCUCACCUUAACCUGUUGGAGCAUGUGAGGAAUGGUCGACAUUUUUCUGAGAUGAUUUUUUUUUUCCUUUUUAAAUUUUUAUUUAAAUUCUAGUUAAUUGACAUACUGGUUUCAGGAGUAGAAUUCAGUGACUCAUCACUUACAUACAACACCCAGUGCUCAUCAUCACAAGUGCCCUCCUUAAUGCCCAUCCCCCAUCUAGCCCGUCCCCCACCCUCUGAGAUGAUUUAAAAAAUUUUUCCUUUAGUGGAAUGCUUACCUCUUUUUUUCCCGAGUAUUGUAUUUUCCCCAAAGUUACAUCAGAAAGUUAGCUCCGGUUAGAGAGGUUAGUUUUAGAGUAAUCCAAAAAGCAAAUACUAAUUAUAUUUUAUUUCACUGAAUAAAGGAUAUUCUCCCAGGGUAGAUACUUGGGCAUCUACAGAAGUGAGCAUUCACCCUUUGGUAUGUUGUUUUGAGUAUUGGGUUUUUGUUUGUCAUGUAAUUUGUGAAUAAAUAGUUUUUUUUCUGCAUUUUAAAGAUCUGCCUCUUUGUAUUGUUGGCUUUUGAAAAAUUAGAUUUAUUUAUUUAAUUUCUUUGUUAUGUGGGAAUAAAAUAUGUAAAGCACUUUGGAUGGUAUCUUGCAUAGGAUGCACUCAGUAAAUGUUAGCUGUUUCUAUGAAGAACUUGAAUUAGUUUGGAGAUAUUUAACCUCAGUUUCUUCUGAUUUUAAGAAGGUAGGAGAACUUUGUAAUCUUUAUCUGAAAGUGAGGAGUCACCACUUUUGAUAUUGUAGGACAGAUGGUUAUCAUUUGGGGUUAUUCUUGUCAUAAAGUCUAUCUCAACACUAAAAGAGGCAAGACCCAGGAUGGAGGGCAUGUAGCCACAAGAUUCUGUUAAAGAACUUAGUGUUUUUCCUGUAUUGAUAUCGGUAGGCCAGAUCAGUCUUUUCCUUACUCAGAUAUAAGACAUAAGUUGGAAGACAUAAAAAUGGAGAGAAAAGGAAUAAUGAAUUAUGAAGAAGGAAGGCAGCUCAUUUAUUCAUGCCCCAGAAGAUGCUCAGUUAACACUUUUCUAUGUGUGAAGAGAAAAAUGCAUAUAUCAUUUUAUAAGAUGUGAACUCUGAUACACAGACGUUUGCUAAGCUUGUUAACUGCAGUAACAAAUACUUUUGAAUCUGAAAGAAAAAUAGUUGAUGCUCAUAAUAGUGAUAUAAUUAAAGAUGUUUAAUAUACCCUCUGAAAUAACAUUAAACAGUAUAUUGAAUAUAAUUUGUAUUAUUCUUAUUUGAAAAUUGUAUGGCAUAGACACUCAUUAGUCAGAACACCACACAUCCAGAUCAUGCCUGAUAAUUUGAGAAUCCAUGUAUUAUUCUCUAGACAACAGGCUUUUAGAUUAUAGAGUGUUUAUCUUAAAUAUGCUAACAAAUACUACACAAACAUUGAAAAGUCAUGCAAGUUAUAGAUCACAGAACCCAGAUUUGCUGCAGUUGGGGCCUAGGUACAAAAUUUUAUGGUAGUAGUCUUAGUGUAAAGAGCUUUUAAAUUGAUGUUAUAUGACAGAAUUCUAGGGAAGACUAAAAAAGUUUUAUCUGAGAAAGCUAGAGUUGCCAUGAUUAUAACUGAUCACUAUAGCGUCUUCAGUUUGAAAAUUAUGCUUUAUGUAAUGAUGUCAAAAGCUUGUCUUACUGCCUUUCCCAGCAGUAAGAAAAUUUUGUUUGUUUGUUUGUUUAUAUUUCAGACUUUGUGAGUCAGUAGCCUUUCUAAAUUGACUCUGGACCAACCAUUCUGGAGCUUUGAUUUCAUGACAUACAUGUAUCUACAUGAGUUUUGAGUUGACACAGGAACCAUAGUUCCAGGAUUAUCUUUAAGUCAAUUGGAAUAUUAAAUGUGUUUUUUUCUGAGAGAUUUUUAUUAAGCCAAUGGUGUGUACUUUGUAAUUUAUGACAUUUUAGGGUUGAGAAAGUAAGGGUUUGGUUUUUUUUAAAGUCGAUAAUAAAAUACAGAAAUUUGUAAGUGAUUGACUCAUUACCAAAGUAAAUUAAAAUGAAAUAUGUCACUUUAGUCACUUGCAAUUAAAUAUGCCUUCUUGAAUGGAAGGGAAGGGGUAGCCCUGUGGCUGGCAUACCAUGAAUUGUGCCUUAAUGCAUCUUGUAUGUGAACUUGCUCUGUGUGCCACGGUGGAAGACAGGUUGAGAAAUGUUGAUCUACGUUUUGUUGGGAAGGCAGAGGGUAGGGAUAGCUUCCUUUCAUCCAUUAAGCAAGGAAUCCUGAUCCCUCCCUUCUCUAAUCACCCCAACCGCCCUGCAAAAGGUAGUUCAGGAUAAAGAACUGGACAUGCAAACCUUUCUCCCCUUUCUGGGGCUUUGUAAUGCUUGCAGAGAGCCUACGUUGUAUUCUCUUGCCAGGCACGGCAUAAGCUUUGCAGUGAAAGGCUCUCUGCCUCUGCAAGGGGAGCCCUGUGGUUGUACAGGACUGCCCAUUCCUUGGUGAGCAGGUCUAAUUCUGGGUUAGAUACUAGGUGGCCACUAUUGGUACAAGCCUAAAUUACACCCUUUAACCUACAUCCUUCAGCAAUAAAUUUGAUAUCUCCAUUUACCUGGCUUGGUCUCUCAAAUGGCUCAGAAGUCAGGAGGGGACAGGGAGUAUUAUUUCAUAAUUCCCUCAAACUCCAACAAAAACUAGUGAAAAUUAUAUUUCAAAGUAAGCAUGGGAUAAACACCAAAUUGGAAAUUUUUUUCUAACUUCAUAUAUUUUUUAAGUCAUGGAAAUUCUAUUGGAAAUGGAUAAUGUCAAUUAUAAGACAAUAUAUAAACAUUUGUUCAGCAUAUCCAAAGAUAUACUCACUGGGAAUUGUGAAGGACCCACAGUAUUGACUGGAUUUAAUUGGAAGGAAAGAAUGUAAAAUAAAUCAUAUUCUCUGCCCACCCUGUCAAAUUUCUUAAGAGUGUAAUUUACAUAUAAUAAAAUGCACCCUGUAAGUUUACAGUUUGAGGAGUUUUAACAAAUGUGAACAACCACACAAUCACCGUUACCAUCAAGAUGUAGAAUAUUUCCGUCACCCAAAAAGUUCUCUAAUGCCCAUUUGUUGUGAGUUCCCCUCCACCCCAAGAACCAGCAUUGUUCAACCACUGAUUCCUUUCUGUGACUAUAAAUUAGAUUUGACUCUAAUAGAAUUUCAAAUAAAUCAUACAAUAUUUA